AUGUCUAUCCCGUAUAGUGGUACUAUAAGAAGGUCAGGCGGGGUGGUUUCUGCCAUAGGAAAACAGUUAAGGGCAGUUAAUCUCAAACCUGCAAAACGUAUUACAGUUAAAUUUGAUCCCUUUGGAGAUAAUGUUACACACACAAGGCAGUUUGUACAUUAUAUGAGUUCACCCAAAGUAGCUCUAACAAAUCCAAAUUGCAUCUUGAAGACAGAAAUCGUUUGUGACCGUAGUGAGCCAACAGUUGACAUUAAUUUGGUGCCUUCCGUAGCAGAAACUGCUAAUAUACAAAAAGUUACAUUCAAAAGUGGUAAUUUAACUUGUCUAGAACUACUCCAGUUGUUAAACAAACAUAUAUCAGCAUUAGCACCCAAAGAACAAAUACCAAAUACAAUACAAACGAAAUUAGAAAAGAAAAAAUCAACAUGA